AUGAGCGUGUCGACACCGCUCCUGCAAACUAUAGAACCUGAUGAGCUCAUCGAGGAGGCCCCUUCCGGCAACAUCAAUGCUCAGGCUGCAUCGAAGUCCCCGGCAGUCGUCCUUACCCCAGGUGCUCGCCCGACCGCGUCGCAGCCACUGGCAACAAACGAAAACGAUGCAGAGUCUGGCAUAGCGGGUAUAUUCCGACAAUCAGCUCAUCCGCUGGCACUCUUCUGCCUAUACUUCUUCCGCAUAGCUGCCAUUGCUGUGUAUUUGUUCUGCGGAUUCUUCACAAGCAAUUUUGUCCUGUCGACAGUGCUUGUAGUCGUGUUGCUCGCGAUGGACUUCUGGAACUGCAGAAAUGUAGCCGGGCGGAUUCUGGCUGGGUUGAGAUACUGGAACCAGGUCGAUGAAGACGGCGAAAGCCAUUGGGUCUUUGAGAGCCGAGAUCCGUCGCGACCUGCGAACCCUAUCGAUUCCAAAAUGUUUUGGAUUGCAUUGUACGCAUUCCCCCUAUUAUGGCUAGCGCUCUUCAUCGUCUCGAUACUGAAGUUCAACGUCUCAUUCAUCCCAAUUGUGCUGGUUGCACUGGGCUUCAAUGUGUCCAAUGCUGUUGCAUUCACAUUCGCGUGA